UUUUCGACAGGCGGGCGCGUUGCAGGUGGUGUCCGGUGACUGAAUUCUUGGGACCGCUCGGUUUAUAAACCGGCGCCAUGUUCCUCACCGCCUUCCUCUGUCGCAAUCGCAUUCCCGGCCGCCAGUGGAUCGGGAAGCACCGGCGGCCGCGGGCCGUGUCUUUCGUCGCAAAGCAGAACAUGGUUCGGCGCCUGGAGAUCGAGGCGGAGAACCACUACUGGCUGAGCGUGCCGUACCUCACCGCCGAGCAGGAGUGCGGCCACGCCGCGGCCCGCAGAGCGGCGGCCUUCCAAGCCAUCAGAGCGGCCAGCACCUCCAAGUUUCCCGCUCACAGGUUGGUGGAAGACCAGCUGAGCCACCUCAAUGUCACCAAGAAGUGGUCCUAGAGCUGAGCCUUCGCCCUCCGAUCGCAGGACUGCCCUCUCUACCGGCUCCUGAAGCGGAAAGUCUGUAACACUGGGAAACAGCUUUUGAGGCAGAGUCUUAAUAAUAAACAGCAAACAUAGCGAGUGUCUGCAUAGCGGGGCUCCAGGCGCUAACACUACAAAGUCUAAACUCUGUUUUGUGUUCUCCCCCCUCUACCUGCCGAGAAAGAUUAAGAGGAGCAUCCUGGGUCACAGAUGAUAAAUAUUUUGACUGAAAGCUGCAAUAAAGCUCCACUGGUUUGGUAUCUGUACUUCAAAUGUGAGAAAACUUGGGAGCCUUAUCGGGCUAUAUUGCAUUCCUUAUCACCCUGUGUAAGCAAAUGAGAAACAGCAGUUGUAGUUAAGCACUCUCCGGAAAAUAGCAUUUUCUUUUGGAAUUUGCUCGUAACAGUGGGUGUUUAAAUGAAGAAUUUAAAUCAAUUCAGAAUUGCUAUAUGAAGAUAUAUUUUAAAAAACUUAUUUAUUGGGAUAGCAUUAAUAUAUCGUACAACCCACCCGUUGAAGAUGUAUGUUUUUCAUAAACAAUCUUUUCUGAAUAUAAGUCAAGCACUGUGUUACUAAAUACAGUAAUCUUAUCAAAAACUUAGGGAUGAGAGCAGUUGGAUGUUAAGCAUAAAAUAAUUGAAAUACGUACAAGAAAAAUUCAGUCCCAUUACCAAGAGAUAAUUCUUGCAUUUUUUUUCUUUCAGCUUUUUGUUGCACAUACUUGCUGAAAUUAUGUGAAUAAAUAGAACUUAGAAUUAACAGCUCUAAUACUUUAAGAUCCCAGUGCAUAUUUGCCCAUUGUUUUUCCAGAAAGGUAUCAAAACAACAAGAUUAAUGUAUGAGAGUGGUAAUCGUAUUUGCCAUCAUUGAGUCUUAUUAAAAAUACCACAUUGUGUCUUU